UAUGGCAACGCCCCUCCGACGGUCUGGGGCCCCACGGGACCCUAGUCGGCUGCUGAGCCGGCUUGGGAGAUGCCCUGCCGGAGCUGAGUGCAGCCGCGGGGAUCCCGAGGGCGUCCGGAGGAGGUGGCCAAGUUGGAGAAGCACUUGAUGCUUCUCCGACAAGAAUAUGUCAAGCUGCAGAAGAAAUUGGCAGAGACAGAGAAGAGAUGCACUCUUUUGGCUGCACAAGCAAACAAGGAUAACAGCAAUGAGUCCUUCAUCAGCCGCCUACUGAUGAUCGUGGCUGACCUCUAUGAGCAGGAGCAGUAUAGUGACCUGAAGAUAAAGGUUGGAGAUAGGCAUAUCAAUGCUCACAAGUUUGUCCUGGCGGCCCGCAGUGACAGCUGGAGUCUGGCCAGUUUGUCUUCCACCAAGGAGCUGGACCUAUCAGAUGCUAAUCCUGAGGUGACAAUGACAAUGCUUCGUUGGAUCUAUACGGAUGAGUUGGAGUUCAGAGAAGAUGAUGUGUUCCUGACUGAGUUGAUGAAACUAGCUAAUCGGUUUCAGCUCCAGCUCCUUAGGGAGAGAUGUGAGAAGGGUGUUAUGUCUCUGGUGAAUGUCAGGAACUGUAUUCGCUUCUAUCAGACUGCGGAGGAACUGAAUGCCAGCACCCUGAUGAACUACUGUGCGGAAAUUAUUGCAAGUCAUUGGGAUGACUUACGAAAAGAGGACUUCAGCAGCAUGAGUGCUCAGCUGUUGUACAAAAUGAUCAAAUCCAAGACUGAGUACCCUUUACAUAAAGCUAUCAAAGUGGAGAGAGAAGAUGUGGUCUUUCUUUACCUAAUUGAAAUGGAUUCACAGCUCCCUGGGAAGCUGAAUGAAUUGGACCAUAAUGGAGAUCUUGCCUUAGACCUAGCUCUUUCACGACGACUAGAGAGUAUUGCCACCACGCUGGUUAGUCACAAAGCUGACUUGGACAUGGUAGAUAAGAAUGGCUGGAGCUUGUUACAUAAAGGAAUCCAAAGAGGAGAUGUCUUUGCUUCUACUUUCCUCAUUAAGAAUGGGGCCCUCGUCAAUGCUACUACCUUGGGCUCACAGGAGACACCAUUGCACCUGGUGGCAUUGUACAGUCCCAGGAAACACUCGGCAGAGGUGAUGUCUGCGAUGGCACAGAUUGCAGAGGCCCUCCUGCAGGCUGGUGCUAACCCUAACAUGCAGGACAGCAAGGGCAGGACUCCCUUACACUUGUCCAUCAUGGCCAGGAAUGAAUACGUGUUCAAUCAGUUGCUGCAGUGUAAACAAUUAGAUUUAGAACUGAAAGACCACGAGGGCAGCACAGCUCUGUGGCUUGCAGUGCAGUACAUCACUGUGUCAUCCGACCAGUCUGUAAACCCCUUUGAAGACCUCCCUGUGGUAAAUGGGACUUCAUUCGAUGAGAACAGCUUUGCAGCCAGACUCAUUCAGCGUGGCAGCAACACCAAUGCCCCCGACUCGGUGUCAGGAAAUUGCUUACUGCAGCGGGCAGCUGAAGCAGGAAAUGAGGCGGCGGCUCUUUUCCUGGCAGCCAGUGGUGCCCACGUCAACCACAGAAACAAGUGGGGAGAAACUCCGCUGCACACAGCCUGCCGGCGUGGGCUGGCCAACCUCACUGCAGAGCUCCUGCAGCAAGGCGCCAACCCCAACCUGCAGACAGAGGAAGCUCUGCCUUUGCCAAAGGAGGCUGCGUCCCUGACCAGCUCAGUGGGCAGUGUCUAUCUGCAGACGCCGCUGCACAUGGCAAUUGCCUAUAAUCAUCCAGAUGUGGUGUCUGUCAUCCUGGAGCAAAAAGCUAAUGCUCUUCAUGCCACCAACAACUUGCAAAUUAUUCCGGACUUCAGCCUCAAGGAUUCCCGAGAUCAGACUGUGCUGGGCCUGGCAUUAUGGACAGGCAUGCACACGAUCGCAGCCCAGCUGCUGGGCUCCGGGGCAUGCAUCAACGACACCAUGUCGGACGGGCAGACGUUGUUGCACAUGGCCAUGCAGCGGCAGGACAGCAAGAGUGCACUGUUUCUCCUGGAGCACCAGGCGGAUAUCAAUGUCAGGACCCAGGACGGGGAGACAGCCCUUCAGCUGGCCAUCAGAAACCAGCUGCCGCUUGUGGUGGAUGCCAUAUGCACCCGAGGAGCUGACAUGUCUGUGCCUGAUGAGAGGGGGAAUCCCCCACUGUGGCUUGCGCUGGCAAAUAGUCUGGAGGACAUCGCAUCCACUCUGGUCAGACAUGGCUGUGAUGCCACCAGCUGGGGUCCAGGACCUAGUGGAUGUCUUCAGACGCUGCUGCACAGAGCCAUUGAUGAAAACAAUGAGUCCAUUGCCUGCUUUCUUAUUCGCAGUGGCUGUGAUGUGAAUAGUCCCAGACGACCCGGUGCUAAUGGAGAAGGAGAGGAAGAGGCCAGAGAUGGCCAGACCCCCUUGCAUUUGGCAGCAUCCUGGGGACUGGAAGAGACGGUACAGUGUCUUCUGGAGUUUGGUGCCAAUGUAAAUGCACAGGAUGCAGAAGGAAGGACGCCUAUCCACGUGGCCAUCAGCAACCAACACAGCGUCAUCAUUCAGUUGUUGAUUUCUCAUCCUGACAUCCACUUGAAUGUACGAGACAGACAAGGCCUGACCCCUUUUGCCUGCGCCAUGACCUACAAGAACAACAAGGCCGCCGAGGCCAUCCUAAAACGGGAGUCUGGGGCUGCAGAGCAGGUGGAUAACAAAGGCCGGAAUUUUCUUCAUGUGGCAGUUCAGAACUCUGAUAUUGAAAGUGUCCUGUUCCUGAUCAGUGUCCAGGCUAAUGUGAAUUCCAGAGUCCAGGAUGCUUCCAAGGUGACCCCUUUGCAUCUUGCUGUCCAAGCAGGCUCAGAGAUUAUCGUCCGCAAUUUGCUUCUUGCAGGAGCCAAAGUGAAUGAGUUAACCAAGCACCGCCAGACUGCACUGCAUCUCGCUGCCCAGCAGGACCUACCCACCAUCUGCUCAGUCCUCUUGGAGAAUGGAGUAGACUUUGCUGCUGUGGAUGAGAAUGGAAAUAAUGCUCUUCAUCUCGCUGUCAUGCACGGUCGGCUCAACAACAUCCGGGUCCUCCUGACAGAGUGUACUGUGGACGCUGAAGCCUUUAAUCUAAGAGGCCAGUCGCCACUGCACAUUUUGGGACAGUAUGGCAAAGAGAAUGCAGCAGCCAUCUUUGAUCUCUUCUUAGAGUGCAUGCCUGAGUACCCUCUAGACAAACCAGAUGCAGAAGGAAACACGGCGCUGCUCCUAGCAUACAUGAAGGGGAAUGCCAACCUGUGCCGUGCCAUCGUCCGAUCUGGGGCUCGCCUCGGGGUGAACAAUAACCAAGGGGUCAACAUUUUCAACUACCAGGUUGCCACCAAGCAGCUUCUGUUCAGACUGUUAGAUAUGCUGUCCAAGGAGCCCCCAUGGUGUGACGGCUCCAACUGCUACGAGUGCACUGCCAAGUUCGGAGUCACGAUUCGUAAGCAUCACUGCCGUCAUUGCGGACGUCUUCUUUGCCAUAAAUGUUCGACCAAGGAGAUUCCCAUUAUAAAGUUUGAUCUGAACAAGGCUGUGCGAGUCUGCAACAUUUGCUUUGAUGUACUAAGUUUGGGCGGCGUCUCUUAGCCCCUAGGAGGGUCCAGGCCACCUCCCAGUCACCUCCCCAGCAGCUGCUCUGCUCACCAGCCUGACCCCACCCAGAGCAGGAGCUGGCAGGCGUCUUUGGCAGUGGAGUGGAACAGACGAUUGAGGACCAUGGUGUGAUAGACCCCGUUUCAGAUGACUGUACGACUGUCCGUUUGUCAGACUGUGAUUGAGUUCGGUAGAUUUCUCACUAAUUGGACCAGGCCAUUUGCCUAGGUGGUAAACAUGGUAGAAAUUAGACCCCAUUCUGCUAGCAACAUACAAGAACACUUUGAAAAUCACUUUCCCUCCCAGUAGCCUAGUGUCCAUCUCAGAGCAUUCGUGGUCUUCCUGCCUGGGCAGACUUCCUGGGCAGAGCAUAGCAGUAGGAAGCUGGUGUCUGGCUGCUCCGUGAGAGCUGGCUUUACUCUAGGGUAAGUGGCUUUGGACUUGUCUGCACAGUGUUUUCAUAAAGAUUAUAGGAUCACCCCGAAAUCUUCAUCAUCAUUUUUUUUUUAAAGCUAAGCUGUAUUUAUAGUGAGCUACCCCUUUAAAAAAAGGUGAAAUCUUUCUAAACAGGGUUCAGAGAUGAGAGCUGAAACAUUGUGGCCUUAACAACUGAAAGCUUUACUAGUGUUCAUGCUACUCAGGUGUCCUUAGUGCGGUUGGGCAGCCUGACACCUCCUAGCAGCCGUCCCCUCCUCUCAUCUUGCCGUGUCCUGUCUGUGGACCUCCGUUGCUCUGCCACUAGGGAGUGGUGGGGGAAAUGCACUUUUAUUGUGCUGCACUUUUUAUAUAGCUUCAUUACUGGUGAUUCCAAUGUAAAAACCCAUAUUCAAAAAGUACAUCCAUGCAUCUGUGCUCCUGCAGAGUGUCACUUGGAGCAAGAGAGUCACACAGGCCAAGGGAUGAGAAGGGGGGUCUCUAGCCUCAGGCUGGAAGGUCCUAUCUCUUCGACGUGAAUGCUGCUUGCUGAAACCUUCCCUAGUUAUGCUGUGAGUGCUGUCCGUCCCAGGUCCCGGUUCUGUGGAGCUUGUCCUGCCCAGUAAGAGCCAGCAGCUGAAGCCCUGGCCAGAUGUGUGUGACCUGGUUCGGGAAGGCUCUGGUGUGGGAGUGAAGGAGGCCCCAGAGCUUACUGGGCCUUAGUCGUUGCUAGUACAUGCAUUACCCCUGAGGUUAAACUGCACAUUUGAAAAGAAACUUUUACCACUGCUUUAAAAACGAAAAUUCUGAGGUGAAUAUGCGUUGUUGUUAUACUCAGAUAUUAACAGUCUCAAUUGUACAUACUGAUUUUCCAGACAUUUAAUAACCACUACAUUCUGCGUUCAUGAAGUAUGGAUAUGUGUAAAAGGGACUAAAUAUUUUUUGCAACAGCCUGCUUUUUUGUUUGUUUGUUUUUGGAAAGUGAUAUGUCCUCCAUCUCGCUGUACAUUUAUACAUUCUGUUGCCUAAAUAUGUGUGUAAAAUGAGCUGAUAAACCUGAGUGCUACUUUUUUUUAAUAUUCCUGUGAUUUAUAAGAUAUAUAUGCUUUGUAUGUUAAUAUGAGCUUGUGCACAAUGUUUAAAAGAAAAAUUAGAAGAGCUGGCGAACUAAAAGUCUGUGACAUUUCCUAUAGAAUUUUUAUAGAAAAACAACUAGUCUAGGCAAACUUUUGACCAUGUGGGGCAUGUGGUCAGUUUCCAUUUUCUAUUGUUGCCUGAAGAGGGCCACAGGGAAGGAAGGCUCAGCUGGCUUGGUUCUUUAACUGUGUGAAGCAAGACGGUUAUGCUUCAGAUACGAGAUGAGGUGGCCGGUACUUUUACACUUGUUCUCUUAAUGUUCCCGGUGGACAGAGGAUGGGCAUGCAGUCAGGGAUGAGGCUGACUGUCCUGCCCCUGCCCGCCCAUACCAGUAACAGUCUUGCCUCUGAUUGCACUUACAAUCAUGUUUCAGCUACGUGGAGUCAUGCUUCUCUUUCUUCAGAGUCUAGGAUAGCUAUGGUACUGAGCAGCCACCGAGUAGGGGCACAUUGUGUGCGCUCUGCACUGGCGUGUCUGUAGACCUAGAAAAAGCACCUUUCCACAGCCUUAGAAAAUGUCCCUGACCUGGUGAUGCUCCCUGGACCCCACUCCCCAGUCUCCCCAAGCGGGGCUGCCCUGUAGCCCUCCCAUGCACUGCCCCAACUGGGACUUCUCAUGCUCUCAGUCCUGUUGUGCUCUCCAAGAUGACAAGACUUGACUACAGAACUCCAGCUUGUUCUUGUUAAGUUUUAAUUCAUAGCUUAAAUACUAGUAAUAAAAACUUAAUUUUAUUCAUUCAGAAAAUUGCCAGUUGUGAAUAAGUAGAACAGGAAGAAUAAACUUUCUUGAAACAUAAUUUUCUGCAUCAGUUAACACCGUUACGCUGAAUUAGCUUUUUAAAUGUCUCUUGUGUUAAUUUUUUUUAAGACGAAGGAAUAAACUAUGUGCUAUACAUACAUUUAAUGGUUAAAUUGGUAUGAUCCUCUAACACAGAAAUUUCCCACAAACUUAAGUGCCUCCACGUAGGACUUCUUAAAUUGUCGGUUAUCUUUGUAGUGGUGUCUCACUGGUUGAUGUGCUAGAACACGUGCUCCAUUGGGAGUGUGUUGCCUGUGCACUGUCAGCCCGAAUGACCAACUUAGUGGAAGCCGGAGCAGAUUGCUCAGCCCGCCUGGCACAUUCUCUCCAAGAGUGGGGUCCCUGUGACUGUUAGUCCUCUACCUCAGAGCCCUGAGUCACUUCUGACUGCCCUGUUCAGCUUCCUCACUCUUCUCCCUGAAUGGGGUCCCUGCAUGGAGCUCAGUGUGCUUGUGGGACCACCACCGCUCCCAAUUCAUGCCCCCCACCUACUGUGUUGAACGGUAUUGUGCUGGUCUUGUCCGUACGCAUGGAAUGGAGGGGAAGUCUUGAGAUGGGGAGAGUCUUGAUCUCCAUCCUGGUUUCUCUCAUCUGGAGAAAAAGAACAACUGUCGAACUAUGUAAUGCUUAUACGUGAAGGCAGAGUAACUCCCCAGGUGACAGCCUGAGCAAGUAACACUCUUCCAAGUAACAGAUCCACAUGGAGUCACAGGUUGAGACUGAGAAGGAACCCUCAACAAGCUUCCUUCUGGGACCUGGGGUUGCUUCCCUCGGGACAAGCCCAGCCCUCAUGAUUGGAAGUACCAGCGCUCCCCACUCCCUGCUGGGCAGAGGGGAACAACUUUCUAAAGAGGUUUGGGAGCCACAUUCUCAUUUUGUGGAAGUAAUUCAGUGAGGAGCUGAUAGUCUGACAAGAUAGUAACUAAACAUUAUUAAAUUCCCAGACGUUAUCAUAAAUGCCUUAAAGACUUUGUUAGAUCAUUGCCUGUACGGUUCCUGUCUGUGUGGAGUAGAUAAUGUACCAACCUGUUACAGCUGACAACACUGGUCUUCUGUAGCGAGAAAGUCUCAAGUUGGCAGGUUGUUUGACUUAAUGCUUUGUUCUUCUUUGGCAGAUGUGGAGAGUUGGCAGUUAAGGCAAAGGGCAGGAGCUGGGCAGAAAGUGCAGGAGCACAUUUGGGUUGACCACCUUGGCUUUCAAGCCAUUCAGGGUGGUGCUCAGUGUGGGGUGAUGACAUCAUACAGGACCAUGGCGCUCAUCAGCAUUGUUUCUUUGGAGUCUGUGUAAUGGAAUGUAUUUUUCAAAUACUGAUAUUUGCAUUUUCUGUAACAAUUCCUUAUAAUAAAGUGAGGCACAAUUGUGCAUUCAAAGUGGAAACUUUAAUACAUUUGUAGUUAACUUUUCUUGCAGAAGUACCAAUAAGCAUUAAACAAACAAAUUUAAAAACUCAUGUGAUUAAUUUCUUUACCAGCUACUCUUCAGGAAAGCUUGAAUUUCUAGCACUUUUCAGAAUCAAAAAGUAGCUAUUUUAGGACUAAUAACCAGCUACCUGGAUUUAGUAUGCUCUCGGCCCAGGCUUCAGCAUGGCAGUGUGUGAUCACGGCUGCAUCAUCGCCCUCACUGGACCCCACUGACGCUCACCAAAGGAGCCCGCAAAUUCCCUCUCCGACUCCAGUACUGAGGAGCAACCCGAGAGGACCCAGGCACCGCGAGUCUUCUGCUGGUCUUCAUCUGAAGGGAGGGCUGGCACUGUGGGUUUCAUAGAACACUAAAGAAGGUUUAGGGGCCUGCAGAUUAAAAUCUAGUGACCCACAAAGCCCCUGCCCAAUUGUACAGAUCUACUAGUUCAUUUGGCCCUCACAUUUUUUUUGAGCUAAUAAAUGUCUUCCCUUUC